AUGUCGCGGAGCUCGCAGGGCAGGCGGCCCGGCAGGUCCCCACCGCCCCGCGGGGCCAGCCCCGGGUCCGCCGCCGCCCCACUGCCGCCGCCACCGCUGCCCCUGCAGCCCCCCCUCGGCCCCGGCCGGGCCAGCCCGAGCCCCGGCGGGCUGGCAGAGCUCAAGCCGGUUCGGCGGUUCAUUCCGGACUCCUGGAAGAACUUCUUCAAAGGGAGACGCCACCCCGGUUCCAGCUGGGACAGCACGACCUCCGACAUCAGGUAUAUCUCAGACGGAGUCGAGUGCUCGCCGCCUGCCUCUCCCGCCCCGCUGCAGCCGGGGACCAGGACGGUGCCUGGCUCCUACACGGACCCAUUCGGGGGGUCGGGCGGGAGCUACAACUCUCGGAAGGAGGCCGAGGCCAUGCUGCCCUCCGGAGACCCCUCGGGCUCGCUGGAGCGUCGCGCCGGCACUGGGCAGACGUACAGCGAGCGGGUGGAGGAAUACCACCAGCGCUACGCCUACAUGAAAUCCUGGGCAGGGCUGCUCAGGAUCCUCGGCGUGGCCGAGCUGCUGCUUGGCGCCGCCGUCUUCGCCUGUGUCACCGCCUACGUACACAAGGACAACGAGUGGUACAACAUGUUCGGGUACUCGCAGCCCUACGGAUACGGGGCGGGCAGCGCCUACGGGGGGUACUCCUACAGCGGGCCCAAAACGCCUUUCAUCCUGGUGGUGGCGGGAAUGGCGUGGAUCUUCACCAUAGUGCUGCUCGUGCUGGGCAUGUCCAUGUACUACCGAACUAUCCUCCUCGAUUCCAACUGGUGGCCUCUGACCGAGUUUGGGAUCAAUGUGGCCUUGUUCAUCCUGUACAUGUCUGCUGCCAUAGUGUACGUAAACGAUACCAACCGAGGUGGGCUGUGCUACUACCAGUUGUUUAAGACGCCGAUAAAUGCGGCUUUUUGCCGUGUGGAGGGUGGUCAGACUGCUGCAAUAAUCUUCUUGUUUGUCACGGUGAUCCUCUAUCUAAUUAGUGCGAUGGUGUGCCUAAAGUUGUGGAGGCACGAAGGGGCGAGGAGGCACAGGGAAUUAAUGGAACAGGAGAUGAAAACACAAUCCUCUUUUCCAGAAAAGAAGUAUGAAGGUGAUGACAGACCAAGGGAAGAAGUCAGUUACAGGCAGCUCAAAUCACUGGAAAGAAAACCAGAGCUACUUAAUGGUCAUAUACCUGCGGGUCACAUUCCUAAACCUAUAGUGAUGCCAGACUACUUAGCGAAAUACCCUGUAAUUCAAACAAAUGAAAUGAGAGACCGGUACAAAGCAGUGUUCAAUGAUCAGUUUGCUGAGUAUAAAGAACUGUCUAUGGAAGUUCACGCUGUAUUAAAAAAGUUUGAUGAGCUGGAUGCAUUGCUAAAACAGCUUCCACACCAUCCUGAAAGCAUAUAUGAACAGGAAAGGAUAUCAAAAGUUCUGCAGGAAUACAAGAAGAAGAAAAACGAUCCUGCAUUUCUGGAGAAAAAGGAGCGUUGUGAAUAUCUGAAGAAUAAGCUUUCUCACAUAAAACAACGAAUUCAGGACUAUGAUAAAGUUAUGAAUUGGAAUGUAGAAACUUAGUAAUGUCUUCAUGGAUACUAUUUUCUGGUUUUAAAAUUGAUAUGCGUAUUUUAACCUAUUUAUUUAGUCUUUGAACAGUACACUUAUGGGGAUUUCUUAAUCACUCUCAUAUUUGAUGUUGUAUAUUACUGACAGGUUUUGUAUGCAGAUCCGGUUGUAAUUGAAGUUAAGAGAUAAGUUAGGAAACUGCUGCUAACAUUCUGCUUUCAUUAAUGCAAAUCCAUGACCUCUUAAAUAUUAAUACUUUAUUUGAAAAUGCUUCAUUUGCAAACUUGCAAAGCCUACCAGAGAAAGCAGUUUCCACAUACGUUGUGGACACUUUGC